AUGGUAUUUGAAAAGGGGAUGGUAUUUGAAAAGAGGAUGAUAUUUGCAGGUGUAAACAACUUCAGAGCAGCACUGAAAGAUUAUCCAGUGGAAACUGGCUUCAAGAUUGUGAGAGACAAAAAUGAGAAGUCUAGGGUAACUACUCACUGUGCUAUUAAUGGAUGUCCUUGGAGGAUUCAUGCAUCUUCUCUUCUAGAUAGGAUAACUUACAAGAUAAAAACCUUAGUUCCCCAACACACAUACAGUAGGUUGAACCAAAAUACUGAGGCAACUUCAGAUUGGAUAGCAAAAAAAUUGUGUGACAGCUUUAAAGAAAAUCCAGACAUAGGGUUUGAUACAAUGCAAGAGAUUAAGAAGACGAAUCCUAGUAGCUUUGUGAAGAUCAAUUAUGAUAACCCAUCCAAACCAAUCUCAAAGGAUGAACCCACACCAGAUAAAGAGAGUAUAAUCAGUUCUAACCCAGUGUUUAAAAGAAUAUUCAUUUCAUUUGAGGCAAUGAAAAUAGGGUUUGUUAAUAGAUAUAGACCCUUCAUAGGGGUAAAUGGUUGUCACUUAAAGGGUCCUUAUGGUGGAGUGCUAAUUUCAGCAAUUGCUUUAGAUGGGAAUAAUGGGUUGUUUAUAUUGGCAAUAGGAGUAGUGGAUUGUAAAUGUAAGGAGAGUUGGACAUUUUUCCUAGAACACUUGAGAACAAUACUGAGUGAUGCAUUGCCCACUAGUCCUUGGACCAUCAUGUCUGAUGGACAAAAAGGGUCUUGA